AUGCUUCGAAUCGAAUAUGAGAAACGAAAGGUUCCAAUCGCAAACCUCAGUAUCUCAGAGGCAAACACUUGGUUGAAAGACCUCAUAAAAAAAUACCUGAAAAAGGCCUACCCUUUCGAUCGUGAACUUCGGACUGAUGAGACGGCAUAUGAAUGGUGGAGUUAUCUCGACAAAGACCGUUCCAAUGAUGCGCAGCCACUUGCAAGGCUCGCUGUUCGAAUUUUUGCCCUUGUACCCAAUUCAAUGGCUGAUGAACGGACUGGUUCAACAUUCACUUGGCUCAACUCACCACUUCGCAGUCGGCAGCAGGUGAAAACACUUGUUAGGACAGUCCAAAUUCGUAGUUGGUACAAACAUGAUCCUAAUGCACCACCUCCAAACAAGAAACCGACUGUAAAAUGGCGAGACAUGUCCUCAACUAUUUUCGGCAGCAAGCGCAAACGAACGAAGGAGGACAGCGAUGAUAGUGAAAUGUCUGAUGUCGACAAUGAUUUUGCAGAUGAACUUGAAGGACCUGAUGAAGAUGACGACGACUCAAACUCAAAUGUCACCAGUGCUAACCCCGAGGACAUUGCAAAAGAUGGUUCAAGCAAAAUGGAUUCUUGCAAUGGCAAAAGUUUUGAUGCUGCCGGUAUUAUCAAUCUCGACUCUGGGAGACUAGCUGAUGUGCUCGCUGAUAAGUGUUUGGCACCUGUAGCACCGAGAAAUGCUGUCAUUCUUUCAUCAGAAAGCAGCCCUGUGCAAGAGAGGGUCCUGACGGAGGCAGACUGGGACAUGGAAUAG